UCUCAGGGAUCUGUUGUGUAAACAGUACGGAUUAAGGCCUGCAUGGGCCACAUUUUAAUAGCAAAAUAAACAAAAGUUCUGUUGAGUUUAGUUUGUUUUAAACAUUACUUUGUGUUUGGUGGUUAAUUUGUCAUUUUAAACCUUUACUAAUAUAGAAAUGGACAGUGAGACUUCAAAGUUUGGCCCUCGUUCAGGACCAGAGAUGAGCAUGAAUCAGGACAACGCUCCAGUUUACUGCAUCUGUCGCAGACCAGACAUCAACUGCUUCAUGAUCGGUUGUGAGAACUGUAAUGAGUGGUUUCAUGGCGACUGCAUUAAUAUAACCGAGAAGAUGGCAAAAUCCAUUAAGGUGUGGUACUGUGAAAAAUGUCGCAGUAAGGACGAUUCUUUAGAGAUCAAAUAUCGUUUCAAGAAAAGCCGGGACAGAGAGUCGGACGGAGACGAAAUGGAGCGACAGCUUGAGAACGACAUGAUCGAUUUUAAGAACGAUCGUCGACGUGGGUCACGGGUAAAGCGACAGAAUCUCGUGAAGAUGAUUUGGUCGUUAGUGUUUUGCAAAAAUGAAAUGCAGAUUGUUUUAAUGCGCUCACAGAUCAAGCGCUCGGCGCGCAUGUGCGGGGAGUGUGAGCCCUGCAUGCGGACAGAGGACUGCGCUCAGUGUGACUUCUGUAAGGACAUGAAGAAGUUCGGCGGGCCUAACAAGAUCAGGCAGAAGUGCAGGCUCAGGCAGUGUGAAGUGCGCGCCCGGAAAAUGCUGCGAGUGAAGGAGGAGGAGAUGUCCAUGUCGAAAGGCCGAGAUCGGUUCCAGAACGAUUACUCCAUGUCGGACGAGUACAGCGAGAACGAGCUGGAGCUCUACCAGCAGUACUGCGCCGGGAAAUACGCCGACCACGGAUGGAACAGCGACGAAGACGACCUCGAUCCCAACAUGCGAAAGCGAGCCGUGAAAGUCAAGCACGUGAAGAGGAGAGAGAAGCGAUCUGAAAAAAAGAAAGAGGAGAAUAAACCACGCAAACACAAACCGAAGCAGAAACACCGGGACAAGGUGCGACACAGUGAGAGGACAGAAUCUCGAGACAGCGGUGAAUUCAGGCAGUGCCUCGGUCCAGGCUGCGUCGAAGCGGCACGUCAGAACUCCAAGUACUGCUCCGAUGACUGCGGCAUGAAGCUGGCCGCCAACCGGAUCUACGAGAUCCUCCCUCAGCGUAUCCAGCAGUGGCAGCAGAGCCCGUGCAUCGCCGAGGAACAGGGAAAGAAGCUUCUGGAACGCAUCCGGCGUGAGCAGCAGUUAGCCCGGACACGGCUUACGGAUAUGGAGAAACGAUUUCACGAGCUGGAGGGAAUCAUCGCUAAGGCAAAGCAGCAGGUUGUGCAGCAUGAUGAAGAGGUGAACGAAGGAGACGACGACACAGACCUUCAAAUUUUCUGCGUCUCCUGCAGUCACCCGGUCAACCCCAAGGUGGCGCUACGUCACAUGGAGCGAUGUUACUCCAAGUACGAGAGUCAGACAUCGUUCGGCUCUAUGUAUCCCACACGCAUCGAGGGUGCAACCAGGUUGUUCUGUGAUGUAUACAAUCCUCAAAGCAAAACCUACUGUAAAAGGCUUCAGGUUCUGUGUCCCGAGCACUCCCGAGAUCCAAAGGUUCCAGCGGACGAGGUGUGUGGAUGUCCUCUGGUGCGUGACGUGUUUGAGCCCACGGGUGAAUAUUGCCGAGUGUCCAAACGCAAGUGCAACAGACAUUACUGCUGGGAGAAACUCCGGCGGGCCGAAGUGGACCUGGAGAGAGUGCGAGUGUGGUACAAGUUGGAUGAGUUGUUUGAACAGGAGCGUAAUGUCCGUAUAGCGAUGACCAAUCGCGCAGGUCUCCUGGCGCUCAUGCUACAUCAAACGAUUCAACACGACCCACAUUCCACAGACCUGCGCGCCAGCAAAGACAGAUAGCCGACCAGGAUUUUCUUUCUUUUAUAGCAAAAUAGCAAAAGAAAGUAUGUUUGGAUAAAAUUUAAAUAACAUUCAUAAUGUAUUUGCUUUUUAACGAAGGGUGUUGGAUGAUAACACUAACAAAGUGUCAUUAGAAGUUUAGUUUUGGGAGAUGUGAUAAGUGAUGCUCUUUAUACGUGUGUGUGUGUGUGUGUGUGUGUGUGUGAGAGUGAGAUACACAUCACUUAAUCAGUAACCAUACUGUACUAUCAUUUUAAAUGUUGUCAUGCUUAUUAAAUACAGUUCUUGGUGCUUGUGUUGUUUGGAAGUAUAAAUAAUUGUGUCCUUGUGAAACCGUAGACGAUACAUUUUGAUUCUUUCAAAUAAACUUAUUUUGAGGCAG